GAAUAAACUUUUUUUUUCUGGUUUCAUCAGAGGUGACCACUCGCAGCGUGAACGUCACGUGGAACUGAGAUUAAGAAGAAGCAACUCACAGCCUCAGAACAGGCUAGCCGCAGAGCAGUAGCGCAGCAGCGCACAGUAGUGAGCAACAACAUAUAAUAAAGAAAAAUGAAAGAGGCAGGCGUUGGCAAACCCGACGCGUUCGGCUACACGCUACGCCCUAGUCAACAUGAAACCACCAACGAUGCCGCCCCGGCGAAACGUACCAGCCGCAGCUCCGAGCUGUCGUCCAUGAAAAUGGCCAGUGCGAUGGCUCUGAAUGGAGGGGCAGAGGAGGACGAGCUCGACGUGCGGGCCUCUCAGGUGACAAUGGAGGCGCUGGACGUCGACAUGCCCGCUAGGGACCUGCAGCUGAUCAUGAAUAGCGCUCUCAGCGCCUACAACAAACACGUCUUCCUCCCCACACGAACCACUUGGCGAAAGGAUGAAGGCUCGCGGCGCGAGCUGGAGCGGGAUGUGGAACGCACGGCGCUGAGCAGCAUCGCGGCCGACAUCAAGAAAGACAUCACCGAUAAGCUCGGCGGGUGCUGGCACGUCAUCUACGGACACGACUUUGCCACGUUUGUCACGCAUAAGCGGCUCAGGUUUUGCCAUUUUCAGAUAGAAGGUGCGGACGUCGUCGUCUGGCGUCAUGGUGGCUAA